GAUAGGAGACCAAGGGAAUAGAUCGAAUGGUCGCGAGUGAUUCGAGCAAUUGGGAUUCGUCGUUAACGAUUGUUUUCCAUGCGUGGAACCAGUGGCGAUUGAAAAAAGGAUACGGUGUCCGGAUUCCGCCAAAAAUGAAUUCCGUCGUGGCGGAGCACACGAGGUUCGACGAACACUGUCUCGAAAAUUCCAAAGAAUCCUCGCCUCCCGAAAGGGUGAUGCAGGUGCAUAUUUCGCGCCCACAGGUUUCUACGCAAUCUGUGCACUUCUGCGUGACAAAACAUACUAGUCUUAAGGAAGACUUAGAAAUUACUAUGUCCAAAGGAUCACCUCCUUCACCCUGGUGGAACAGCAAACAACUACGCUUAGAUGACAGCUGUAAUAACAACUUAAACGACAGUUUGAACAGUACCACCAAGCAUAGCGCAAAAUGGUCGUGUUCUGGUGAUACCAGCCUUGUAGAACCUGAAAUCUUAGAAGAAAUGGGUGUCAGUAUGUUAGAAGAUGGAGCAUCGAAUUGUGAAAGUACAAGAAAGUCUCAUUCUUUGGAACAAACAAUCUCGCCUACUAUCUUGGAUAACAAUGGACAAUGUAAAAAUAUGAAUGACUCUCAAAGUCAAGAGUGCAUUUAUAGAGGUUCCAGCUUGGAUACCACUAGUAUAGACAGUUUGGAAGCUACUCGAAGAUUGGAUCCCAAUCCGUACGAACUGGAUGAAUUUGCGACAUAUUCAACGAUUGGAAACGAAUCUGGUUAUUCUUCUAGGGUGGAAAUAGAUAAUUUUGUCGAUACGAAGGAAACUUUUUCUAAAGAUAAUCUUAAUGUUUCAACCAGAGAAAGUAGUCUCGAACAGUUCUAUCUAUAUAGGAGAAAAAGAAAACCUUCGAUCCUUGGUGAAGAUAAGUUUAACAAAUUAUCCGAUGAGAUGAUUUUAAUGAUAUUAAAAUGGCUUCCAAAGAAAUGUCUGGUACGUUCCAUGUUGGUCUGUAAACGAUGGUGUCAAAUAGCGCGAGAUGAAGCAUUAUGGAGCAGGUUGGAUUUAGGCAGUAAAGUCUUGAACGAAGGUACAUUGGGUCACAUAUUGCCACGAGGUGUUCAAAUACUUCGACUGGCACAAGCAGAAAUUGCAGAUCCUGUAUUUCUUGAAAACAGUGAAGUUCUUACCGACGGUUAUAUUAGUAAACUGCAGUACUUUGACCUUUCGAUGGCAGUGAUUUCUCCAGAUGGAUUGGCUAUGUUAUUAUCUAAGUGUAAAUACCUUAAAAAAUUAUCUCUAGAAAAGUGUACAGUGAAUAGAUCAUGUUGCAAAGCUAUCAGUGAUAAUAAUGACUUAGAAAUUUUAAAUUUAACGAUGUGCGAGGGUAUGGAUAUUGAAUGCAUCAAGGAUUUGAUGAAGCUUACGAAUCUCAAUGCUGUCAAUAUGGCUUGGUGUGGUUUAGAUACCGAUACUAUGGCAUUACUUUGUAAAUCGUUACCUUCAUCCGUUACGCGUUUAAAUAUAGCUGGGUGCAGAAAAACCAUUACAGAUGAUAAUGUUAAGGAUUUAGUGAAAAGUUGCCCGGAUAUGGUAGAAUUAGAUUUGAGCGAUUGUACUAUGCUUACAAUGAAUACUGUCCGUAAUUUACUUGAUUUGUCAAAAUUAGAGCAUCUGUCGCUAAGUCGUUGUUAUGGUAUACCUCCGUCGACGUACGUAACAUUGGCGUAUAUGCCAUCUUUGUUAUAUUUGGAUGUUUUUGGUGUAAUACCCGAACCAGUACUGAAAUCAUUACAAGUUACCUGUGGCGAAACUCAACUUAAUAAGUUCCUAUACAGUUCCGUUGCAAGACCAACCAUUGGUGUCCGAAGAACAAGUAUUUGGGGGCUUCGCGUUAGGGAUUGAACGUAAUUAUUCUAACUAAUUGAUUUUGUACACAAAUAGUGGUAAAGACCAACUAAAUACCAAAGGGAACCUGAAAUGUACGUGCGUGCCUUUUUACAAAAUGUCUUCUUAAUAAGAGACUGAUUUUACAAUCCUAUUGAAAUAAAAUUAAAACAAUAUGCUUUUUCUAUAUCAUUCUCUUUGUCUUUCAUUCUUUCUUUUUUUUCUUCUAAAUUAAAUAUAUUUUAAAUUCGUUUCUUUGUCAGUAUUUACGUAGAGAGGGUAAAAAUAAUUGAAUGCUGAGAAAAGUAGUUGAGAGAGUAUAUGUAUAUUUGAAGACUUGCGUGUCUUUUGUUUCAAUGAACUCGUAAAAUUCGCGUAGCUCGAUUCAUAUAGCGUGAUAAAUGUAAAUGUACUAAGCACGAUUGUAUGCUACAUAGAGUUCGAAAGAAUUACAUGCACUCCUGUCCAUAAGCCACCGGACACUUGCUUAUUUUGACCACAGUGAUUGUUUGAAUGUAAAUACGACUUUCUGUAUCGAUACUUAUUGUUUAUCCAUAAGUUACUCAAUUAAAUCAAGAUAUGCAUGAUUUUAUACUAUGACCUAUAUUAUAAAAUAAAGUUAGCAUUUAUAUCAAAUGUUAAAAUUACGUUAUGUCAAGAAUAUGUAUAAUACAUUAAUUUUGUUCAAAGUAUGCAAGUGUCAAGUAACUUGUAGAUGGGAGCAUAUAUAAUUUACAGAAAGAGUUAAGUAUGCAAAUGCUGCAUAUGUUUAUUAAGUUAAAUAUAACAGUAUCAGUUUAAUUUUAAUCUCA